CACGAAUUUGACAACCAACCCCUUUUUCAUCGUUUUGUUUUCAUUUUUUGUUUUGUCAUCGAAUUAAAAAUUCUAAUAACGAUAUACAAAACAACAUCGAAUGCUAGUCAUCAUCAAUCGUUCAACUACUUUACUACUACUUGCUAGUAACCACCAAAUCCCCCAUACAAUUCAAUUAAUUAAUUUAUUUUGUUAUCAAGCUUAUCAACAAAAAAAAAAACAGAUUAAUAUUUUUGUUGUUGUUUUGUGAGAAAAGUGUACAUAAAUUUUUCUGACGACAUCAGCAAAAAUGACAUUAGCAACAGAUCGUAGCUGUCAGGCUAAUAUGGACGUAACUGAGAAACAAUAUAAAGGACUUGGUUCGUGGCUCUGGGGAUGGGUAUUUAAUUGGACACAAAGUUCACCAAAUAUGUUACGCGCCGUCGAAAAAAGAAUACUUUCCUUUCUUAAAACACCAUAUCGUGGGUUUUAUGUUGAUAUUGGCCCCGCCAUUGGCGAAUCUGACAAAGUAUGGACAAUCGAAAUGAAUGGCGAAUCCAAAGAGACACCUUUGGUCAUGUUGCAUGGGUUGGGUGCUGGAAUUGCUCUUUGGGUCAUGAACUUGGAUGCAUUGGCCCAACAACGACCUGUCUAUGCCAUGGACAUCCUUGGCUUUGGUCGUAGUUCUAGGCCACAGUAUUCAACUGAUGCUUACGUUUGUGAGAAGCAAUUUGUAAAAUCUGUCGAAGAAUGGCGCCGGGAAAUGAAUAUCCCGAAUAUGAUAUUAUUGGGGCAUUCUAUGGGUGGAUAUAUAGCAUCUAGUUAUGCGUUGUCUUAUCCCGAUAAAGUAAAACACUUGGUUUUGGCCGAUCCGUGGGGUUUCCCAGAACAACCUAGUCCGGAUAGUGCGACAACCAAAUCGAUACCCAUGUGGGUACGUGCAAUAGGGUUUGUUUUAACUCCAUUGAAUCCUCUAUGGGCUCUUCGGGCAGCUGGUCCAUUUGGUCAAUGGGUAGUACAGAAAACUAGACCCGAUAUAAUGCGAAAGUUUUCCUCAGCCGUUGAAGAGGAAACUAGCCUUUUAGCACAAUAUAUUCAUCAAUGCAAUGCUCAGACUCCGAGUGGAGAGAGUGCUUUUCAUUCAAUGAUGGAAGGUUUUGGUUGGGCAAAGAAUCCAAUGGUUAAACGGCUGAAGGACAUUCGUGAAGACAUUCCUAUAACUUUCAUCUAUGGAUCUCGUUCAUGGAUGGAUAGUUCGUCGGGGCCAUUGAUUAAAUCGCAAAGAAUUAACAGUAUGGUGGAUAUAAAGGUGGUCUCUGGAGCAGGUCAUCAUGUUUAUGCUGAUAAACCUGAAGUAUUUAAUCGAUAUGUAAAUGAAGCCUGUGAGGCAACGAAAAAAGCACAAUCAGAAGCAGCUCAAGAAACUCAUAAAAUCCGUGAAUCGACAGAAUCAGAUGAAGAACAUGAGAAUUUAGCACAACCGAAUUUGAAGAGGAAAUAGAGGAACACUAGAUAGAUAGAUAGAUUGGCGAUUUAUAUAUUUUUUUUGUAUUAUUAUUUUUAUUUAUGUACAUAAUAUAAGAGAUGAAAAAGAAAAAAAAAAUAA